AUGCUUGCCCGCGCGACCACCACCGCCGCCCGCCAGCUCGUGGCCCGCCGCGCCUUUACCACCACCCGCGCCCGCCUCUCGUCCCCCUACCACUACCCCGAGGGCCCGCUGUCCAACAUCCCGUUCAAUCCGCGCAAGAAGGGCUUUGGGAUCGCGUAUUGGACGUUCAUGGCGACUGGGUUUGGGUUGCCGUUUGGUAUUUCGGUUUGGCAGACUUACCACCCGGCCAAGUAA